AUGCGUCAAGGGAAGGAGGAGGCAGCGGAGGAGGAGGAGGAAGCAGGGCGGCAGGGCAGAGGAGCCGAGCCAGGCGGUUUGCGGGGCGGGGAGAAGACCCCCCCUCACCCCACCCCCCGGAGCCGAGGGACGGGGCAGCCAGGCCCCCCCAGGCCGGAGCCGGCCGCCGCGACCAUGGAGCACCACCACCAGCCCGCCAGCCGGUACCAAGUGCUUCAUAACGAAGAUGAUCCCUCGGAAUCAUUGGCGGUUGAACAGCCGUCCACCUCUACAGAAACUGCCCCAGCUUCGCAAGCGGAGGCACCAUUACCUGAAGCAGAUGCUUCACCUCCACCUUACUUUAGUAUUGCCGUCGAAGCAGCUGCAGCAUCAGAAAUGGAAUCGCCUAAUGAUUUUUACCCAGUGCCACCUCCGUACAGUGUAGCUACCUCUCUUCCCACGUACGACGAAGCGGAAAAGGCCAAAGCGGCGGCGAUGGCGGCCAUUGCGGCAGAAGCGGCAGCCCAAAGACACGGCCAAUUUAGGGAGUCUAGGAGUCUGUUUGAUGAAAUAUUCCUGAGCCCACCAGAGGAAGAAGAGUAUCCCCCAAGAGAUGACUUCAGCGAUGCAGACCAGCUCCGUGUGGGCAACGACGGCAUCUUCAUGUUGGCCUUUUUCAUGGCAUUCAUUUUCAACUGGAUUGGGUUUUGCUUAUCGUUCUGCAUUACUAACACCAUAGCAGGGAGAUAUGGUGCCAUCUGUGGAUUUGGGCUGUCUCUCAUCAAAUGGAUUCUUAUUGUUCGAUUCUCAGAUUAUUUUACUGGCUAUUUCAAUGGGCAGUACUGGCUUUGGUGGAUAUUUCUUGUACUUGGCCUCCUCCUAUUUUUCCGAGGUUUUGUCAAUUACCUGAAAGUCAGAAAUAUGUCUGAAAGUAUGGCAGCUGCUCAUAGAACAAGAUUUUUCUUCUUGUACUAGAGACUGCAUCGACUGGGCAUUCCUUUCUCAUACCAAUGUGAACUUCCAGCCAAUCUGCAACCUUCCAAAUGAUUAAGGAAAGACUACUACUAAAAA